CGCGGCCUCCCGGCCGCUCGGCCUCGCGGGCCCCGGCGCAGACUGGCGACUCGAGUAGCCCGCGCGCGUCCGAAGCACCGGAGGAGCCCCCUCGGCCUGGGCGUGCCAAGAGGACGGGGGUUAAAAUGAAUGAAGACCUGAAGGUCAAUUUAAGCGGGCCGCCUCGGGAUUACUUAGAUGCCGGUGCUGCGGAGAACAUCUCGGCUGCUGCCUCCUCCCAGGUUCCCGUUGUAGAGUCGGAAACAGAGCCUGUUGUCAACCCCUGGGACAUUGUCUUGUGUACCUCAGGAACCCUCAUCUCCUGUGAAAAUGCCAUUGUGGUCCUUAUCAUCUUCCAUAACCCCAGCCUGCGAGCACCCAUGUUCCUGCUAAUAGGCAGCCUGGCUCUUGCGGACCUGCUGGCCGGCAUCGGACUCAUCUUCAAUUUUGUCUUUGCCUACCUGCUUCAGUCAGAAGCCACCAAGCUGGUCACAAUCGGACUCAUUGUCGCCUCUUUCUCUGCCUCUGUCUGCAGCUUGCUGGCUAUCACUGUGGACCGCUACCUGUCCCUGUAUUAUGCUCUGACAUACCAUUCGGAGAGGACGGUCACGUUCACCUAUGUCAUGCUCAUCAUGCUCUGGGGGACCUCCAUCUGCCUGGGGCUGCUGCCGGUCAUGGGCUGGAACUGCCUCCGAGACGAGUCCGCCUGCAGCGUGGUCAGACCCCUCACCAAGAACAACGCGGCCAUCCUUUCUGUGUCCUUCCUGCUCAUGUUUGCGCUCAUGCUUCAGCUCUACAUCCAGAUCUGUAAGAUCGUGAUGAGGCACGCCCAUCAGAUAGCCCUGCAGCACCACUUCCUGGCCACCUCCCACUAUGUGACCACUCGGAAAGGGGUCUCGACCCUGGCCAUCAUCCUGGGGACCUUUGCUGCUUGCUGGAUGCCUUUCACCCUCUACUCCUUGAUAGCUGAUUACACCUACCCCUCCAUCUACACCUACGCCACCCUCCUGCCUGCUACCUACAACUCCAUCAUCAACCCCGUCAUAUAUGCUUUCAGAAACCAAGAGAUCCAGAAAGCCCUCUGCCUCAUUUGCUGCGGCUGCAUCCCGUCCGGUCUCUCGCAGAGGGCGCGGUCACCCAGUGAUGUGUAGCAGCGUUCCAUUGGGACACUGUUCACUAAAUUCUGCAUUUACCAAGCACUUCCACUGCCUGGCCAGAGGGCUGAGUAGCUUUCCUUAAAUUCUUCAGGCUGGCUUCUUUCAAACCACAGGAGCACUUGGCAUUUGUAAAGCGUUCAUUUCGUUGAGUUAGGUGACUUGCAGUGAAAAUGUUACCAGUGUUUUCACCCUUUAACAGAAAUUGUUGGGUUUGUUGCUGUACUAAUAUUAUUUUGUUUCAUUUGGGGGUGGGGUUUUUGUUUAUAUUUAUUUGGAGAAUUGCUGGAGGGUGGGAAAGGAAAGGAUAUGAUUUGGCCACGAUGUUAUAAAAAGUAAACUGCUCUCAGAGUGCUUACCUGGACAUUAAAAUAAAGCUGAGUGACUGAGGAAAAGGAAGGAAAAUGACUUUUUCCAGACAGGUUUUUUAAAUGUCAAGGUAGAUUUUUCAAUGCUGCAUGUAUUUAACAGAAGACAGUCUCUUUCAAGCCAACACAAAUAGUUUACAUGAUUAUGUGUGCAAAGUACCUGAUUUUAUUAACGUGAACUCAGUAAUAAGUUACCAACACUGAAACCACGAACCCGUUCUUACUCAUUUGCUACUUUCAGCAACUACUGUUCACAAUUCCUUUGGUAUUUCCAUGAAUGUUGUGACUUUCUGCAUGGCUGCCUGCAUUAGCUAGACCACUGGUUUCAAAUGUCGCCAUGUAAAUCCAGAAUCAAAUGAGCUGUUUUUCAGUACAGGUUUUCAAUAUGUCCUCCUAAAAUGAAUUAUGAAAUUUGUUUUGAUUUACAUAUGAAGUAGGAUGACUAGAUCCACCACUGUAGUUUCUUAAGCUACAUUCUGAUUGCUUUCAGGAAACAAAAGAACAAAUUUAAUACUAGCUGUCGAAAAUAGAUUAAAUUUAUUUUAGUACAUUCUGAAAAAUAAAUCAAUGUAAAGCUAUCACAAAAUAUGAAAAAUAUCACCUUUCCUAUCUUUCUAUAUCUAAGAAUGUAUUAAUAGUUAUAUUUGAUUGAGACAAAUAGAACUAAAUAUUGUAGACCAAGUAUUUCUGGUUUAUAUUGUCUGUGGUGCAAAAUGCAUUUGAAACAGGUGGUCUCCUACUUUAAUGAUUAAAUCUGUGAGUGCAUAACAUACAUAUUUGACUGUGAUGUCUAUCUGCUGUAUUAUGUGAGUUCACAAGCAGAACGACCAAGUGGCUGUUCACCAAACAAGCUUGAAUUCUUUUUCCUUCUUUUCACCAAAAAAGCCCAACUUAAAUGCAAUAAAAAACUGUACUGUUUUCAGAGAGUGAAUAUUGAGUCAGGAAAUGACACAGAAAAAUUAAUUUUAAACAUAUUUCAAAGUCACUGUGUCUGAGCAUCUUUUCUGGUAGUGCAGACAGGUUCUUUGGACACAGACACCUUUACCCUAUUUGCAAUGGAUUUGUAGCUGUGUCUAUGCCAAUGAAGAAUUUCUGGACAGCACAUCAGCUCAGACGGUGGCAAGACCAGUAUUUCAGGGUCUUUGGGGAAUCAUUUGUAAUAAUUAAUUUCACUGGUUUGUCCCAAAUGUUAUACCCAAGGUGGUCUCAGGACCAUUUUGGCCACUUGCAGCUGAUGCCAUCUCUCCGAAGCCCCUUCUUAUGUAGCACAAGUGUGAAUAAAUCCUACACUUGAAUCCGUGUCUCCUCCCUUAGGUUACUUAUGGAGGCAGGAGAGAGAGUGAAAUAUUUCAGAAGUGGGAAAGGAUUUUCAAUUGAUAUCACCAUGUGAUCAAUCUAGUCAAGUCGAUGCCUUUAACAUCUUUCUUUUGUACACCUGAUGGAGUUGGUAGAUGGAACAUGAUGUCUGUUUUUAAUCACUUAAAAGUUAACAGCAUCUCCAUGUGAGAAAUGACUGAGGUAUGCUGGUUUGGGCAUAAGCUGGGCAAUAUCCACAAUGAGGUUUUAAAGCAAUAAAUCAUGUUUUUGUAGAAACAGUGGUUCCAUUUGCAUAUAUGUAAUAGUAAGAAUUAAAAUGAUAAUAGUA